UCCGAGCCUGGCUCGCAGCGCCGUGAGGGGCGAGCCCCAGUCUGCAGGCAGCGGGCCCGGGAAGGGCUCGCCCCGGCCGGCCGGGCGGGCGGUGAGUGGGGGCGCCGGGGAGAGGCCGAGGCAGGACAUCGCUGCGUGGAGGAAGUGGUCGCAGGGCCGGGGGGGUCGGAGCCGAAACGCGGCUGGUACCGGAGGAACCCCCCGCCCCCAGCCAGCUCUGGAGCAGCGGGGGGCGGGUCUGUGCCGCUGAGCCCAGCAGGGUCCCCCCAGCCGAGCCCGCCGUGGGGCAGCAGUCGGAGCGGGGUUUCUAGAUCAGCUGUGCCGGUUUCCGUCCUGUCCCGGAGGUGAGAACAAAGGAAGGAAUCCGCAUCCGGCCGGGACUUGGAGCCCAGAGCUGCACAGGCCACUGGCGGGGAGCCCCAAAGCCCUGAGCAGGGAGAGACACCAGCCUGAGUCCGUACGGGGCUGGUUGGCACCAGGGAGACACCCCCCCCCCCCCCAUCCCAGGGUAGAGACAUGGAAGAAAAAUCCCAUAGAUGUUCUGACUGCAGUAAAAGCUUUAAGCAGAGCUCGACCCUAAGGAGGCACCAGCGAACCCACACGGGGGAGCGACCCUACAAAUGUCUCCAGUGUGGGAAGAGCUUUGCUGACAGCUCCAACCUCCUUCGCCAUCAGAGGAGCCACACGGGGGAUCGACCCUACACGUGUGCCCAGUGCGGGAAGAGCUUUGGGCAAAACUCGAGCCUGAUGAAGCACUGCAGGACUCAUACAGGCGAGAGACCCUACAGAUGUGAUGAGUGCGGGAAGAGCUUCUCGGAAAGCUCCAAGCUCCUAGAGCACCAGAGGAUCCACACAGGCCUGAAACCCUACAAAUGCCUUAACUGUGGGAAAGUGUUCUGCCACAGCUCCUCGCUGACCAACCAUCAGCGGGUCCACACAGGUGAGAGACCCUAUAAAUGCCCCGAGUGCGAGAAGACUUUUGGACGCCGCUGCAUGCUCAUUCGACACAUGAGGAUCCACACAGGAGAGCGACCUUACAAAUGCCCCCACUGCGGGAAGGCCUUUGCCGUUCUCUCAGUCCUGAUCCAGCAUGAGCGGAUCCACACGGGGGAGAAACCCCACAAAUGUGCCCACUGUGGGAAGUGUUUCAGCGAUCCCUCCGUCCUGACCCGACAUGAGCGCAUCCACACAGGCGAGCGACCCUACAAAUGUGUUCAUUGCGGGAAGGGCUUCAGUCAAAGCUCCACCCAUGCCCAGCAUCUGAGAACCCACACUGGGGAGCGGCCCUAUAGAUGUGAUGAGUGUGGGAAGAGCUUCAGUGUAAGUUCCAGCCUUGUUGUCCACCAGAGAAUCCACACAGGAGAGAGACCCUAUAAAUGUCCCAAUUGUGGGAAGAGUUUUAGUGGCUGGCCAAAUUUUAGCAGGCAUCUGAGGACCCACGCCCAGGAGUAAACCCGACAGAUGACCCAAUUCUGGGAGAUGCUACUGUGAGCACUCUGGGCUCUUUAGAGAGAGAAGCCAUGCAUUGGAGAGAUGCUGUAAAUGCCUCAACUGUAGCCAGAGUUUCUGUCUCAGCUCGGAGUUUCGUAGGUACCAGAAAAUCCACAUGGGGGGGUAACCCUAUAAACGCUCCAGCUGAUGAAAGAGCUUUAGUCCCAGGAUGUACCUUAUUAUUCAUCAGAGGAUCAACAGCAGAGACAGGCCUGAGAAAUAAAUGUGGAGACCAAUUCUCCAGAUCAUCCUGAAU